CUGCCGCCGGCGUGGCAGUGGGGGACAGGAUGGUGUUCGAGUCGCUGGUCGUGGACGUCCUGAACCGUUUCCUCGGCGACUACGUGGUGAACCUGGACAGCUCCCAGCUGAAGCUGGGCAUCUGGGGAGGAGCUGUAGCACUUAAGAAUCUUGAAAUAAAAGAAAAUGCACUGAGUCAGCUGGAUGUGCCAUUUAAAGUUAUAGCGGGACAUAUUGGUCAACUUAACUUACAGAUUCCAUGGCAAAACCUUUAUACUCAGCCUGUUGAGGCAGUUCUUGAUGGAGUUUAUUUGCUUAUUGUGCCUACAGCCAGUGUAAAAUAUGAUGCUGAAAAAGAAGCCAGGCAGUUCUUGGAAGCAAGACAAAGGGAAUUACAAAGAAUAGAGGAAGCAAAGCAGAAAAUAGCCGACCAAGAUAAAGCAAAAGAAGAGAAACAAGACACUUUUGUGGAAAAACUAGUCACUCAGGUUAUCAAAAAUCUUCAGGUGAAGAUUUCCAACAUCCAUAUUCGCUAUGAAGAUGAUAUCACAAAUAGGAAUAACCCCUUGUCAUUUGGGAUUUCACUUCAGAACCUAAGUUUGCAGACUUCAGAUCAGAAUUGGAAUCCAUGUUUACAUGAUGAAACUGCCAAGUUGUUCUACAAGCUUGUACGACUGGAUAACCUUUUUGCUUACUGGAAUGUGAAAUCGGAGAUGUUCUACCAUGGUGGUAGUGACGAAUCGUUGGUUAACUUAAAACAUGGAGUUGCCAGCCACAAUGUGAUUCCAGAAGGUUAUGAUUUUGUAUUCCGCCCAAUUUCAGCUAGAGCCAAACUCCUUAUGAAUCCUCGAUCUGAUGUUGACUUUUCCUCACCAAAAAUGGAUUUAAAUGUAAAUUUACAGGAUAUAACUGUUGAAUUCAACAAGCCACAGUACUUCAGUGUUAUGGAGCUUCUUGAGUCUAUUGAUAUGAUGACUCGAAAUCUGCCAUAUAGGAAGUACAGACCUGAUGCUCCAUUGCACAACAAUGCCAAGACAUGGUGGAAAUAUGUUAUUUAUGGCAUCCUUGAAGUAAAUGUUCAACCUAAGCUCCAAAUGUGGUCAUGGGAACAUAUUCGGCAUCAUAGGAAACAAGUGAAGAGCUAUAAAGAGAUGUAUAAAACAAAGAUAACAUCAAAAAAACCUAAUGAAGAAAUCCUAAAAUUAUUAGAGGAAUUUGAAAAGGCCUUGGAUAUUUUUAACAUCACUCUAGCAAGGCAACAAGCAGAAGUUGAGGCAACUAAGGCUGGAUUAAAAAUCUACAGACCAGGAGUGAAACAAGAUGAUGAAAACUCUGGUGGCUGGUUUAGUUGGAUAUGGAACUGGUCAGGUGAAAAAAAGCAGGAACAAAAGCAAGAAGUAAAAGGUUCAAGUCUUGAAGAGCUGAUGACACUUGAAGAGAAGGCUAAACUUUAUGCAGCAAUUGGAUAUAGUGAAACAGCUGUGGAUCCAACCCUUCCAAAAUCGUAUGAAGCCAUGAAGUUUUCUGUGAAGUUACUAAGCAUGUCUAUAUCAAUAAGGGAAAGCAAGCAAAGUCCCGAGCUGGUAGAAUUUGCAUUAGCUGGCUUGAGUACAGUAUUUACCCAGCGACCAGGCGCACAAGCAAUAAGAUUCGAAACAAAAGUUACCUCACUUGAAGUUACAGGCAUGUCCCGAGAAAAGUGUACACCCUGCCUCCUAUCUUCUCGAACGGUGUAUUCAGAUGAGAGUACCUCACUCUUAAGCAUAAUGUUUGAGACUAAUCCUUUGGAUGAGAAAGCAGAUCAGAGGCUUAGAAUAGAAUCACAGCCACUGGAAAUAGUGUAUGAUGCUAUGACAAUAAAUAGCUUAGUGGAUUUCUUCAGGCCUCCAAAAGAUGUCCAUUUAGAGCAGUUGACAUCAGCAACUCUGAUGAAGCUUGAAGAGUUUCGUGAAAAGACAUCAACAGGUUUGUUGUAUAUUAUUGAAACCCAGAAAGUUCUUGACCUCAAAAUCAACCUCAUGGCUUCAUACAUCAUUGUUCCACAAAAAGGAUUCUAUGACCAUACAUCAAAUUUACUACUCCUGGAUCUUGGUAGUCUUAAGAUGGAAAGCAAAAGUCGUUCUGAUUUAUCAAAACUCGCAGUACGACAAAGCACUAUUGAAGAGAUAAUGUCAAGAGCUUAUGACAGUUUUGAUAUCCAGCUCAGCAGUAUACAGUUACUGUACAGCAAACAUGAUGAGAAGUGGCAAGAGGCUCGGAAGUUGAAAUAUUCAUCUCAACAUAUCUUGCAGCCCUUGGAUGUAAACCUCGAAUUUAGCAGGGCUAUGGUCGUUACUGAUGCAAGAAUGCCCAAGUUCAAAUUGUCUGGACAGCUGCCUUUACUCUCUAUCCAGAUAUCAGACCAGAACCUGACACGCAUCUUGGAGCUAAUUGAUAGCAUUCCUAAGCCAGAAAGUGCUCCUGCUACCAGUACACUUCCAAAAAUAACUGAGUCUAUGCUAUCGCCCGUGCUUUCAGCAACACAUUUGUCACAAAGUGUGUUUCCUGGUUUGGAUCUUUAUUCAUUUACUGAGUCAGAAUCAGAAGAAGAAUUUUAUGAUGCUCUAAGCAGUCCUGUGGAAGACAUGCCGUUUUUUGAAACUCCAUCUGGUUCCCUGAAGAGAACUAGCAGUACAAGGCAAAAAACCCUAUGUAAACAAGAAUCUUUGAAAACCAUGACAAAAUUCCAGCUAAGGUUUGAAGUGGCUGAGGUCUUAAUUAAACUAUGCCGUCUUACUGAUAAUACUGAGACACCUGUGCUGGAGCUUGAUAUCAUUAAGUUAGGCACUGAACUGAAGUUAAGAAGAUUUGACGUGACUGCAAGUGCUUUCCUUCGUGAAGUUUCUCUGCUGUGCCCAGAGUAUAUGGAUGAUAAUGACAAGCCAGUUUUCAUAAUUACUACCUUGGAUAAUGUAGAUGAUGAUCUUCUUACUCUGGAGUACAUAAAGGCUGAUAUUAAUGGACCAGAACUAAAAGCUAUUUAUCAGAAUGUUCUACAGAAAAUAAAGGUGAACUUUUCAUCUCUAGAUGUUCAAUUGCAUUCUGAAGCUCUGCUGAAUGCUAUGAACUAUCUGAAUAAUAUUCUACCCAAACAAGAAACUAAAGGUGCAGAAGAACCGGUCUGUGAAAAAAUAGAGGAGAAGAAGGAUGUUCUUAAGAAAUUAACAUCAAAAAAAUCGAAGUAUGAAGAUGUUAUUGACCUCAAUAUUUGUGCGGAUUUAUCUUGUUUACGUAUCUUUAUUAGUGAGAAAAAACAUAGAAUAGCUGAAAUUCACAUUGAAGGUCUGGAUAGCCAAGUGAUCAUGAAAAAAUCAGCAACAGAAGUAACUGCAAAAUUGAAGAACAUCAUUAUUGUGGAUUCUGAUGAGACAGCGUUGUACAAAAAGGCUCUUUAUAUCACCGGAAAAGAAGUCUUCAACUUUAGAAUGAUAUCAUAUGUGAAUGCUACAGAUGGCAUUGCAUAUACAAAUAUGAAUGUUGUUGACAAUCGUAUUUACCUGACUGUUGGGUGUAUUCAAGUAGUUUUUGUCAACAAGUUUGUUUCAUCUAUUUUGGCUUUUGUAAAUAACUUUCAAGCAGCCAAGGAAGCUCUUACUGAGGCAACAGUUCAAGCAGCAGAGAAAGCAGCUACAGGUGUAAAAGAACUAGCAGAGCGUAGUUCCCGUUUGGCACUAGAUAUCAAUAUUAAAGCACCUGUUGUGAUAGUUCCACAGUCGGCAAUGUCUACGAAUGUCCUGGUGGCUGAUCUUGGUCUAAUCACUGUGAAGAACCGGUUCUUUAUCUCUAAAACAAAAACACAGUAUAAUCUCCCACCUGUUGUUGACUCUAUGACAGUGAAAUUGAGUGAACUAAAGUUAUACAGGUCAUGCUAUGAGCAAGGUUUAUUACAAACUGAAGUACAGUUACUGCAGCCACUCAACCUGGAAGUAGUUGUUGAGCGAAAUUUAGCUGCUGCAUGGUAUAACGAAGUUCCUGAUAUUGAAAUAUCUGGUCUACUCAAGCCUAUGAAUCUAAUUCUCAGUCAGGAAGAUAUUACGACAAUAUUGAGGACACUAAAUGAAAAUAUAGGUGGAAGCUCCGGUGCAUCAACAUCUUUACCAGAGCCGAAAGAUACGACUAGCCAAUGUAGUGAUUUUCAUAGUACUUCACAGCACUCUGCAGGUGUAACUGUUGUGACAUCAGCUGUGGUGGAAUUACAUUCAUCUAUGAAAAUAAAAACAACACUAAAACUGGACUUCAGAUUCGACUCUCUGACUUUAGUAUUGUAUAGUCCAGAUUCAAAACAGGUUUCAAAUUUGGAUCAGAGAGAUGACCUUUUGAAGCUUGCAGAGUUUAAAUUAGGUUUGAUGUCGGCUGCUGUCAAAAUGUUAUCAGAUGGUUCAAUGAAUGCUUCAGUCAAGCUGGCAAACUGCACAUUGGAUGAUAAAAGACAGUCAAUCCAGAUGGCUACACCAAGAAUGGUGGAAAUGAAACAUGGAUUUGACAAGAAAGUUAUGAUGGAUAUAAGCUAUAAGCAGGGGAGAGAUGGCACUGUUCUUGAUGUGAUUGUUCAAGAGAUAUACCUUUGUGCAAGCAUGGAGUUUCUACUUACUGUUGCAGAUAUAUUUUUAAAGGCUAAUGCAGAAAGUGCUGCUGCACAGAAAAGUCUCAAACAGUCAAUACCUUCAAAGGAGCAAGCACCUGUGCAGCCUGUAUCUACAAUGGAAAUGAACAUUGUUGUUAAAAAUCCAGAGAUUGUGUUUGUGGCCGACUUAACAAGAAGCGAUGCUCCUGCAUUGGUGGUUACAACACAAUGUGAGGUCUUCAUUAAGAAUAGUCCUGAAAGGUAUAGCAUGACAGCUGCUGUUAAGGAGUUACAAAUGAAAGCAUGCCCAUUUCUUCCAGAAGAAAGGAAAGGGAACAUUACUACGGUAUUACAGCCUUGUGACUUCUUCUUUGAAAUGAAACAGUCAAGUACUAAUCCACAGACAGCUGAUCUAACGAUUAGAUCUCUAACAAUAAAAGUUUCACCAAUAAUCAUAAACACAGUAAUUACUAUUACAUCAGCCCUUUAUCAAACUGCAGAAACAACAGAAGAAGAGGUCAGUCCAAUUCCUCCAGAUCUGUGGAACAAGAAAGAUAUAAAAAAUCUAAAAAUGUGGUUUCUUGAAGAGUCAAAUGAAAAUGAAGAUACAAAUCCAACUGCUGAACUGGUUCCCACAGGAGAGUCAUUGAAAAUGAAUGUAGAAUCUGUUUUUAUAACACUUGAAGCUGGUGUUGGGCACCGAACUGUACCGAUGCUUUUGGCUAAGUCCUCAUUUCUCGGGGAAGUCAAAAACUGGAGUACUUUAAUCAACCUACGUUCUCGUCUGGAGCUAGAGGUACACUAUUUUAAUGAGAUGUUUGGGGUGUGGGAACCUUUGCUUGAACCACUAGAAGUUGAGAAGACUGAUUUAUUCAAACCGUGGGUUCUUGAAAUUAAGAUGAAGAAGAAGCCUAAAAAAGCAUUGGUUGAAUCGGAUGCAGAAGAAGAAGAAGAACACUUCAAAAUUCCAGAAUAUAAAACAGUAAUAAAUAUUUCUUCAAAAGACCAGCUGAACAUUACAUUAUCCAAAUGUGGACUACAAAUGUUGAGUAACCUGGGCACGGCGUUUGCUGAAGCAGCUAGUCGAACUUCAGACAUCUUCAAAAAAGAUCGAGCACCAUUUGUAAUAAUAAAUUCUUUAGGACUUCCCAUCACUGUCUUACCUAGUGAUUCCUUUAGUGUCCUUAAUGUUGAAUUUGGAGCAAAAACAUUUAUUCUAAGAGAUGAAGAGAAUUUAAAUAUGGAAUUUGUCAGAACUAAAAAUGAGAGUGACCAAUUCACAGCAAUGACAACUCUUUGCAGCAAGAGGUUUUACAUUCAGAUCUGUCCACAUAAUCAUUCCACUGUGGAAAAGAUUCCAUUGACAAAAGUGGGUCGAUGUAUUUACAGAGUGAGACAUGACGAAUCGGGUGUUGAAAGGGCCAUUGUCUGUCAAAUUGAUACUGUUGAAGGAAGCAAGAUGAUAACUAUACGUUCUCCUAUUCAGAUAAGGAAUCAUUUUUCAAUCCCGUUAAAUAUUUUUGAGGAAGGAAGAUGUAUAGGGACUGCUUCACCAGAAAAUGAAUUCAACAUACCGUUGUCCUCUUACAGAUCCAUACUGAGUUUGCAACCACAAGCCAAUGAAAAUGGAGUGGAUGGAGAAUAUGAUAUGUGUGAAGGAAUUACAUUUGAUGAAAUUAUGAAAAAUGUUGACAGUUUAUUACAAAGGAAAUGUCAGUCUGUGAGGUCAAGUAAUCACUCACUUAUCAUCAAUAUUGUUCCUGUAAAAGACAUGUUGACAACUUCAUUAUGCACAGAUCAGUGGGAUUUUCCAUAUGUUGUUCAUUUAUGGCCUUCUCUUCUUCUCCGCAAUCUUCUUCCUUAUCAAAUAACUUACUCUCUAGAGGGAAAUGGGAACAAGUAUGACACUCUACAAGAGGGAUGUUCAGCUCAGAUACAUAAUGCAGUCUUGGAUCAAACAAAACUAGAUUUACAGUUACUUAACUAUCUUGAUCAAAAUUGGAAAAGUGAGUACCAUAUAAAAAGCAAUCUACCUGAAAUCAGCUUUACGACGUUUUACUGCAUCACGGAGUUGGAUAAAACUGAACUGGAUAUUGCUGUCCACGUGAUCUACACAACUGGGCAGAUGGUUAUAGAGAUUCACAGUCCGUACUGGAUGGUGAAUAAAACUGGUCGAAUGCUGCAGUACAAAGCUGAUGGUAUUCACCGCAAGCAUCCUCCAGAUUACAAAAAGCCACUCCUUUUCUCUUUCCAGCCCAAAAACUUCUUCCAAAAUAACAAGGUGCAACUUAUGGUAACUGACAGUGAACUGUCUGAUCAGUUUUCACUGGACACAGUUGGAAGCCAUGGUUCUGUGAAAUGCAAGAGUCAUAAAAAAGAUUAUCAUGUUGGUGUCACCAUAGACAACAGCAGUUUUAAUAUUACUAGAAUUGUAACUUUCACCCCAUUUUUUAUGAUCUCAAAUAGAAGCAAAUACACUUUGGAAGUAGCUGAAGAAGGAAAGGAAAAGUGGAUUCCUAUUGUUUUACAACAGUGCAUUCCCUUUUGGCCUGAAAACGAUGCCAACAAACUGCUUGUUAGAGUCGAAAAUUCUAAUGUCCUCCCAAAGAAGAUAAAUUUUGAUAAGCAGGAAAACUGCCUGCUACUGCAUUUGGACAACAAGCUUGGAGGAAUUACAGUGGAUGUUAACGUGACUGAACAUUCUACGGUGAUUACCUUUGCUAAUUACCAUGAUGGUGCAGCUCCAUUUCUGUUAAUAAACCACACUAAAGAGGAAAUCAUUGAGUAUGGACAAAGUUCCCUUAGUGAAUUGGAAGACUGUCUUCAGCCAAAUAAGGCAGUACUGUAUACUUGGGUGGACCCAGCAGGAUCUAGAAAAUUGAAAUGGAAAUGUGGAAAUAGAAUUGAGGAAAUCACCCCGAAAGAGGACAAAAUGGAAACACUCAGCCUGGACUGUAGAAAAGUGGUCUAUUUAGUGUCAUUUUUUGAAGGUUUGCAGCGCAUUGUCCUGAUCACUGAUAAUGUGAAUGUAUUUAAAUUGGCUUAUGAAAGUGUAAAAGCAGAACUAGCAGAGCAAGAAAUUGUUCUGUCUUUGCAAGAUGUUGGAAUUUCGUUAGUAAAUAAUUAUACAAAGCAGGAGGUGUCAUACAUUGGAAUUACAAGUUCUGAUGUGGUUUGGGAAACAAAACCGAAGAAGAAGUCAAGAUGGAGACCAAUGAGUGUUAAGCAGACUGAUAAAUUAGAACAAGAAUUCAAAGAUUACAGUGAGCUAACUCCAUCAGAAAAUAAGAUUAUUGAGCUGGAAUCAAAUGUUUUGGUGUGUUUAACUCCUAAUGGAAUGAAUAUGAAAAUUCAACAACCACAUGAGAUUCCUAUUAGAAGGAAUUAUCUGCCAGCUUUAAAAGUAGAAUACAGCUCAUCUGCACAUCAGAAAUCUGUCAGAAUUCAGAUCUACAGGAUACAGAUACAAAACCAGAUUCCUGGAGCCAUAUUUCCCUUUGUGUUCUAUCCUAUUAAACCUCCAAAGUCCAUCACCUUGGAUUCAGCACCAAAACCAUUUACUGAUGUCAGUAUUGUCAUGAGAACUGCAGGACAUUCAGAAAUAUCUCAUAUUAAGUAUUUUAAGGUCCUGAUUCAAGAGAUGGAUCUCAGAUUAGACCUUGGCUUCCUAUAUGCCCUGGUUGAAUUCUUUACACGCACUGAUGUGCUGAGUGACCAACAGCUAGAACUUUUCAGAAAGGAUGUUGAAUCUCUUCAAGAAGAACUGAUGAGUGUAUCAUCAAUGGAUACGUCACAAAUCAGCUUGUAUGAAUACUUUCAUAUCUCUCCAAUUAAGUUACACUUAAGCUUUUCACUCAGUACGGGUGGCGAAGACAGUAACAAAGAAGAAAGAAAGAAAGAAUUGAUACCACUUCAGUCCUUGAAUCUCCUGCUGAAGAGUAUAGGGGCCACCCUCACAGAUGUGCAAGAUGUUGUCUUCAAGUUGGCAUUCUUUGAACUCAGCUAUCACUUCUGUACUACACAACAGCUCCAAUCAGCAGUUGUAAGGCAUUAUUCGAAACAGGCUAUUAAACAGAUGUAUGUUCUUAUUCUUGGCCUUGAUGUCUUGGGUAAUCCAUUUGGAUUCAUAAGAGGCUUGUCUGAAGGAGUAGAAGCAUUCUUCUAUGAACCUUACCAGGGAGCCAUCCAGGGUCCUGAAGAAUUUGUAGAAGGAAUGGCGCUAGGAUUCAAAGCACUUGUAGGGGGAGCUGUUGGUGGAUUAGCUGGUGCUGCAUCAAGAAUCACUGGUGCUAUGGCAAAAGGAGUAGCUGCGAUAACUAUGGAUGAGGAUUACCAGCAGAAAAGGAGAGAAGCCAUGAAUAAACAGCCCACUGGUCUGAGAGAGGGUAUCACUCGUGGAGGAAAAGGAUUAGUUUCUGGUUUUGUCAGUGGCAUAACAGGAAUAGUUACGAAACCCAUAAGAGGAGCUCAGAAAGAAGGAGCAGCUGGUUUUUUCAAAGGUGUUGGAAAAGGCUUAGUGGGAGCAGUAGCUAGGCCUACUGGAGGAAUCAUAGACAUGGCAAGCAGCACAUUUCAGGGUAUUAAGAAAGUUACAGAUUCAUCAGAAGAUGUGAUAAGCCUGCGCCCGCCUCGCUUCUUUGGUGAAGAUGGAGUUAUUAGACCUUAUAGAUUAAGAGAUGGAACCGGAAGUCAAAUGUUACAGAAAAUUGAAAAUGGAAGAUUUGCAAAACUGAGAUAUAUUGCACAUGCUAUGGUCAACAGUACAGAUCUAUUAAUGGUUACAAAAAGUGGUGUGUUAUUUGUGACAAAAGGGACAUUUGGACAGCUGACAUGUGAAUGGCAAUACACUUACGAUGAAUUUACCAAAGAACCAUUCAUCGUCGAUGGCAGAAGAUUACGCAUUGAAGCCAAGGAACGAGUUAAGUCUGUGUUCCAUGCCAAAGAAUUUGGAAAAAUUAUUAAUUUUAAAACUCCAGAGGAUGCUAAGUGGAUCCUUUCUAAACUGGAAGAAGUGAGAGAGACUCAGCCAAAGUUGUAAUAAAUGGAGAAGCAUCAAGAUACGAAGAAUACUGAACAGCUACCUUUUAAUUCCUUUUUAACAAGCAAAACUACUUAAAUAUCAGCAACAAAAGCAAAAAGAGGAGGGAAGAAAUAAUUAUGAAAUUGUCAUGGUCAUAACAGUUUGUGGCUGUAUAACAAAAAUAGAUGACAUGAAGUCAAAAAAAAAAUCUGGCGAUCAAAAAAAUUUUGCCAAGUUUUGGCUUGUGUUUGGGUGUGUUUUUUUUAAUGUUAGGAGUUUCCAGAUUUACUUUUUUAUAAAUACAGUGUAAAAUUAACUUGUUUUACCAUUACAUUUGAUAGUGAAAUAGAACUCUGGAAUAAAUCUUACAGUCCUAUUCAGAGCAAAUCAAAUUAUACUGAAAAUCAGUCCUUCCUUUCAGACUUAGUUUUCAUAUGACUUGAGGCUGUAUUGAAAUUCAGAUUUCUUUAUCAAAGGAAAUGUUAAUUUAAUAAUCACUAGUCUUACAAUUCAAAUUCUAAGAUGGAGGCUACUGAUGAGAAAAGUGUAAUUUAGAUGUCGAAAUGAGUGGCUGCUUAGUGAACGCCGUUUUUCUUUUUGUAAAUGAAUGGACCAGGUCACAAUGAAUUUACCAUACAGUACCACUUUCAUACUUCAGGAAAUGUUGCAGAACCUCUUAUCAGUAUCGUGAAAGUAUAACAGUUUACAAAUACAUAUAAUGGGGAGAAUUAAUAUAUCUCUGCACUAAAAAUAUUAAUUAAAGCCUAUCACUUUAAGUAACUUAUAAGUCUUGCAAUUCAAAAAGGAGUUUAUGGGGUUAUAAGUGCACUGUUGUAUACCAAAAAUAAAUGCCUUUGAUUACACAGUAUUGUGUGCUUAGCAAGUGACUAAUAAAGUCAAAUUUAUAUUAAUUAAUAAAAAAUACAGUAUUUCACAGUUGCUUUUAUCAACUUUUCUUACCCAAGGAAACUUUUUUGUUUCCUGUCCAGACAGCAGAACUUUAAUAGAGAGUGCCUGAAUGUGUGCAAUUCUGCUUAUUCCUGAGAUGUAGUAGUCACAGUAUUGUUGAAUGAGUGUUUACUGCCGUUGAUACAAAAAGUACAGGAAAAACAGUACAGUUUUGUAUGAAGGCUUCUAUAAAUUCCCAUAUAAGAAUCUUCAAAAUAUCUGGUAAAUGUAGUAAGUACCUACUGCCAAAAUAUUAUUUCAAAAUUAUUUGGAAUAUUUAUAGCUAGAGGAUAUAAUUCUACAUUGCAGAUUGACAGUGCUUGAGAGAUCCAAAUUGUCACAUUAUUGUAAAAUCUAAAAUGACGAGCAUGCUAACCUACAAUUGCAGUUCUUUAAUUUACUGUUAGAUCUUUCUUUAAGUGUUGAGUAACCGUUUAGGAGGUUGCAAAAUACAUGUAAUCUUGUAAUUCUUCCCGUAAAUUGUAAAUUGAAUCAAAAGAUCAUAAGACAGUUCUGAAUUAUGACAAUGACUGUGUUGCUCCACUUGUUUGUACACUAAGCACGUACUAAGAGUAUUAACUCAGGUUAUAAUCACGCCAAAUUUAAUAGAAUACUUUGCCUUAGAUAAGUAGUGUUAUUAGGUGCACUGAGUACCAUUCUGUAGCUGUAAUUUGUUUUUCAUUAGUCACUUUUCAUCUUAGGCAUGAUAGUUCAUUAUUUUAAUUCUUGAUUAGUGUUGUCUCCUCCUCUCUCUAUCCCCAGUAUUAACUAUCUGCUGCAACAUUCACUUCUAGUACGUCUUGCAAUUACUUUGUACAUUCCUAUUUGUGUAGCUUAUCAAUUUACCAUAUUUAAAUAUUUCUUCUUUACGGAACCUCUGUUUCAAUUAAUAUUAUCUCAAACUCUUAACUUUUACAUUUAUUUUCCCAACAAACUCCUCAAAUCUCAGCUGGCUCUUCAGUAACCUUUAGGCAAUUUAACCAUUAAUGUUGAAGAAUUUAUUUUAAAUGUGCAUGUCUGUGGUUAAGAUCACGGUUUGGAAAACACAACAAUUCCCCCAGAAUUGCAUUUUUCCUAUAGAGUAUAAAAUAUUUUUAUCUUCUGUGCUAACUAAAAGCCUUAAUUAAGAGCUAAGCCACUGAAAAUGUUCAAAAGUAAACAUGGGACAUUCCCGCACCUCCCUCCUUGUUUCCACUUUUAAUGACAACAUGAUUUUCUAGUUUUGUUUUUCUAGUCAGUAAAUUGUAGCUUUUCCCCCUCUUUUUUUUUAUGUUAUUAUUUUUUUAAUGCUUUCCCAUACAGACAUAAAUGAAUUUUGCCAUUUCUCGGCAGACACCUGUUCCCUGUUUUAACUAUACAUGAGCUGGGGGCAAGAAGGAAGGUGUUCAAAUUUACACCACAGAGUAGAUUUCUGGAUUACUCCAAGUUGUUUGAGAUGUCCAUUCUGCUGUGCUUCAUUCCUUAUUGCAAUAUGCAUGUUUUUUCAACAAGAUGGCAGAAUAGAUACAUUAAAUUUUAUUAAAAAUUUAUAUGCAAUUAGACAAGGGGAUAUCAAUAAAAAUUAAAAUGUAGGCAUUUAGGUCUCCCCGUCGUGGUUUUUAAAAGUAUACCAUGGCUUUUAUUUAAGUAUGGAAGAACAGUUUCUCUUCUAGAUGGCUGUUACCUAAGCUUAAUACCUUUGAGAAAUGUCAUUUGGGUUCUCAGUAGUAGUUUGUUAAGGGUUAGAACUACCUCUGACAAAUCGAUGACAAACCAAACAUAGAAUCAGAUGCCAGACACAUUGCUAAAACAUUUACAAGUCUAUUUGCACCUCUUUUUGUUCAGCUGCAUGGCUUUGUGUGGCAUGGCUCUCCUGGUUACAACUUCCUUCCCUCUUACCUCCCAACCUCUUCUUCACCUUGAAUAAAGUGAAACUGAAUUUUA